CACUGAGUUUUAGCAGAUUUCAGCAACAUUGGGCUGAAACAUGCCGCACUGGAGGCCGGGCUGCCUUCGCGGAUCUGGUACAGAUGGAGGUAUGAGCAAGACAAUGGUCAAUAAUGCUGCAGUCACAAGCUUUAGAGAGCCUAUCCAGUAUCGGCCAGCAAACACAAAUGGGUUUCCUGUGUGUGCAGAGGAUGUGCGAGAUGACUCAAGGACCACAACUCUGGUUGACCUCCGGAAGCUGGAAGGUUGUGGCCUCGGGCUUAUCAUCGCAGGUGGCCUGGACAAGCAUGUGAGGCCUCACAUUUCCAACCUUAGACCUGGUGGUAUUGCUCAUAGGUCGGACUUACUGCAAGUAGGAGAUAUUCUGCUGUCUGUGAACGGCAUCAAGACUAGUGCAAUGAAACAUGAAGAGAUUAUUAACCUUCUCAAGAAUGCAGAAGAAAAUGUCCGGCUCGAGAUUGAAUAUGAACUGCCGGAAUUAGUACCAACAGAUGUGUUCUCCGUGGGAUGUAAGCAACAUACAGUCGUCCUGGACACAGACAGUCAUAGUUUCGGUGUCACUUUGCGGGGAGGAAGCUGUCAAAACCGGAUCAAGACCCGUCCCCUUACUGUGACCCAGGUCCGACCUGGAGGGGCUGCUGACAGGGAGGGCUCUAUGAAGUCAGGGGACCGUAUUUUGGCAGUGAAUGACUUCAGCAUCGUGACAUUAAGCCUCACCGAGAUGAACAUGCUACUGAGUCAAUGCUCUGGGGAGACGUCUUUUACUGUGGAGUAUGACGUUUCAGUCAUAGACACUGUACAGAAGGCCACUGGCCCGUUAUUGAUAGAGAUAGACAAAACCCCUGGUGCUGCUCUCGGCCUAUCUCUGUCCCAUGCCCGACAUAACGGCAAACAAUGUGUCUGCAUCGAGAACAUUAGACCUAUGAGUAUAGCAGACAGGUGUGGAGCUCUCCACAUUGGAGAUCACAUUCUGUCUAUUGAUGGUGCCAGUGUGGAGCACAUGACGGUUGCCGAGGCUACACAGCUACUCAAAUCCUCACCUGGGGACAACAUCAAGAUGGAGAUUCUACCUGUGAGAUUAGUGGCCAAGAAGAUGUCCACUGACACUGUGUUCUUUAAUGCUGGUUUCCAGAAGACAACGGGAAUUCUCCCGUCUAUUUCCUCUCCCAUGUUAAACAACCCCUCUCUCUUCAACGGUAUCGGUACCUCCCGCAGUUACAGCAUGCUGGGAUACGCGGGAAGAUUGUCAACAGACAUGCUAGCCAAGCGGAGAAAAAGCUGGAUGAAAUCCGACAGGAAAAUGGAUAAACGACUAGGGGGAUCAUGUGCAUCAGUUGCGUCAGCAUCUACCUCAGUAUUUACGGCCAGUAACCAGGUGUGUCGCAUGGAGGUGUGUGAAGUGAUGCUUUAUGGGGAGCCCGCAGGCUUGGGUCUUGGGCUGGAAUCCACAGGCCUACCCAAUUGUAUCCUCCAGGACCCACCCAUGGUAACCAGGCUGGAGCCCCACACUGCUGCAGAGAGAUGUGGAGUAAUACAACAGGGUGACAGAAUCCUCACAGUGAAUGGUGCAGACUGCUGUGAACAUACACUCGAGGAUAUAAACCAGAUAUUGAUGGAGUGUUGGCAGCACGUGAGACUUGAGGUGGAGUUUGACGUGGCAGAUGCAGUUAUGGCCAGUAGCGGUGUGUUUGUAGUGAAACUACCCAGAAAACCAGGAGGGAUAGGGAUAACCCUUAGUGCCAAAUCAAAGUUAGGAAAUCCAAUACUCAUUACAGAAGUUAAGAAAGGGAGCACUGCGUACAGAUGUGGAUCAGUCCAGUCUGGUGACAAACUUGUAUCCAUCAAUGACAUCCGGACAGACAACCUUAGCAUAGAAGAGGCCGCAGCAUUGUUGAAGGGUGAUGAAGAAAUCAUCAAACUCAAGCUAAAACGGGAUGACCCUUGCUUUGGUGACCAUGGAGAAGACCUGAUAUCGUACACAGUGGAGCUAGAGAGGCGAGGGGGACCCUUGGGAGUGACCAUUACAGGCACCGAUGACCCCUCUGACCCCAUUGUGAUAUCCGCUCUUGUGGAUGGGGGGUUAGCAGCUAGGACUGGUGCUAUCCAGGUUGGUGACCGGGUGCUAUCCAUAAACGGAGCCCAAACCACAGGGAAGUCCCUCACAGAGGCAACCACUAUGCUCGCAGAGGCUGGUGACCUUGUAACGCUCAAAGUCGCCAGAGUUGAUAAACCAAGGUCAAUGAGCGUGGGCAGUACAAGAACUCUGGUUGGACGAAACUUGGCCAGUAAAUCCAUAACCCCCGUCAAGAGCAUAGAUAGUGCUCUUGAAUCCUGGGAUAGCUCGGGAGGUGACGCCCAUGCCUGGUCACACAGAUCACACCGCCCUGCGAAGAAAUCUCAGCCUAGCAGUGCAAUGGUUUCAAAAUUAAAAGAUUCUAGAAAACGUGUACGGCCAUAUUCUUCUGACUCGACUGACACGGGUGACGACGUCGGUAAAAAGAUAUCGGACAUGCAGAUUUCUGAUGAAGCCUGGGAGGGAGAUCAUGAUAGUUUAAGCAGGAGUGAUUCUAGUCCGGAAGAAAAUGACUGGGUGAAGGCGUUUAGGCGCUUUAAAGUGCAAACUGACAUGAUUGAGUUACCGACGUCAGAUAAACAACCAAACACGGGUAGCCUUGAUCGGAGGAUGGCGAAAAGUGGUGGAAAUAAAAAAGAGCGACAAAAAGUGCGUAGAAACUGGUCUCAUAGUACGAGUCGUGGUGCUAUAAGCCAAAAUGAGCUUAGACCCUAUGUUUUAGAUCGUAGACAAAGACGCUGUGCCAGUUCUUCAAGUGCCAGAGAUAUAAACAAUAUGCCUUUACAGGAUCAAUUAAAAACUGUGAUGUCUCCUCAGCCUAUACAGCUACACAGGGUAACGCUACUUAAGGAAUCAGCAGGGGAAGAUUUUGGGUUUGGGGUUUCAGACAGUGUACAGAGCAAGGGUGUCUACAUUAGUGCAAUUCGACCUGGUUCCGUAGCAGAUGUCAUGGGACUGAAAGAGUUUGACAGAAUUUUACAGAUUAACAAGAAAAGAAUACGAGAUUAUGACUGCAGUGCGGCCAUUCCCCUAAUAGCUGAUGCAGGAAACUGUUUAGACAUUGUCGUGUGUAGAAAUCCCUUAACUCAAAACAACCUGGUCUUCAAAGGGCCAAAAAGCAGAAAACCCCUUCCUGAGCCCCCAGAAGACAGGAAGUCAAAUGAUCGCUUGUCAUAUGACAGGAAGUCAUCUGAUUGGAUGUCAUGUGACUCAGAGAACAAAUCAACAGACAGCAUUCCUGUGUACAUGAAUGUGUACAGUCUGGACACACCAAUUGCUAGAAGCGAAAAAUCGUGUAAAACAGUCUAAAGAUUACAGCAUUACGUGUAAUAGGGAUAAAUAUCUGUAAUAUUAUAAUUAAUAACUACCGUAUAUGUAUUUUCAUCAGUUAAAUUCCUAUGUGACCAUCUUACCAAUACAAGCUGUAAUUACACAAUACUUUUCAAAGCCAUCAUACAUAUACAUUUAAAAUUAAAAUCAUAUGUAAAUGAUAAUCAAAUUUUACAUCUAUGAAACAGUGCAUAAUUUAUUACCACUUUAUUCAUUGUUUUUUAUACAUUUACUAUAUAACUUAUAUAGAUGUUGUAAAUUCUGCAAAAUUACAUUUACAUUUCCUACACAACAAUAUUUAUGUGUUCACUAUAUUGCCAUAUUCUCAUUUCUACAGAUCUGAGUAACUUUAUUACAUUACUUUUUUACAUUACAGAUAUUAAUGUUUAGUAGAGUUUUCAUAUUUAAGGUAAAAAUAUUAAAGUAUAAGUAGAGUUUUUUAUACUUCUUUUUUUUUAUGACUUCUUCCACAAAGCAAUAGGACUAUGUCAAACUUUGACUGUUAAUAUACAUGAAGUAGAUUGGUCAUUUUCAGGAAAUAUAUGCCGCUCAUGAAAUGCAGCUCAAUGUUCACUUGAUUAAAUAUAUUGCGAUCCAAAAAUGAUCCUUCUCGUGUUUUUAAAAAGAUAUGAACAUACUUGCAUUUUAGAUAACAGUGGAUUGGUACUUUUAAUCCUUUGAAAACAAUUGUUAGUUUGUGAAAAUAGGGAAUAGGUUUAAAAGAAAGAAACAUUGCAUGUUGAUCUGGGGGCUGUUUCAAUAUUAAAUCUGUAAAGAUGUCACAAAUGGAAAUACAUCCAUUAUUUUUAUUUCCCAUACUUCAUGUUUAUUUUCAAUGUUUAAUUCAUACAAAUAUGUAGCAAAAUAAUGAAACUAUGCCGCUAUGUGAUUUCAAUUAAUGACUAAAAUCAACUGCGAUAUUUAUUGGAACCGCCCCUUACUCACGUACAUUUUUGUGCUACUCAUACCUUGCCAUUGCAGUGUUAUCCGACUAAACUAUGUACAUUCAUCUCUUUGUACUUGAUUGUAGCUAAAAAUAUACAUUUAGUAGUAAAGGCUAUUUCGUUUAAACAUAUAACCCACCACAGGAAGGCCCUUUCAAAAUGGAAUGUUACCCUUUAGAUGUUUAUUUAAACUGAAAAGGUCGAAAAACGAACAGGAACCUCCCCCUACAGAAUCUUUUGCCUUUCUGGGGUUUGAUUGUAUGUUUAAAUGGAUUAGCCCUAGAGACGUACUUGAUUUUAGCUACAAAUAUAGAUCUGGUAGUAAGGGAUGAUUUUAUCCCUCGUAGGACACAGUGCUAGUGUUAUUGGUGCUGAAAUAUAUAGUCAAACAGUGCAAAACUGCUGAACCACUCGCGGGGGGAAAAGGAAAACAGUUUGAAGUGUAAACGAAAUAGUCGUUUUUUGAACUUGUUUUGCCUUGAACUCCCAAGUGAAUGAAAUACUCAAAAUAUUUUUGUUAUAUUCUAUAGUUAUUAUUAGCAUUUAGACAACUGUUGCAUUCUGUAACCCCAUUAUCCCGGUUAUUGCUGUACUGGUUACUAUGUACAUUGUAACAAUUUAUUUAUACCUGUGUUUAAAGUGAUUGUUGGUACACCUUACGAUACCUGUUAAGUUUUUUCGUGUUUCGUAUCUUUUAUUUAAUUACACAUGAUUUUGCAUUAAGUUGAAUACAUUUUAUAAAUGAUGCACUUAUUGUAUAAAAAUUAUUUCGGGACAUUUGAAGAAAUGAAACAAAAUAUUCAUACUUUCAUCAAACAGCAAAACUUGUUAAUUAAUACAUGGUAAAAAUGCGCAUAACACACAUAGAAGGAAAUGAAUAUAUUUCUCAGAAGUUUUUUGUUUUCCUAAAAUUAGGAUUUCCCCAUUCAUAAGGACUCCAGCAAUCAUGCUUACCAUUAUCAAACUAGUCAUUUUACAUACAAACAACUAAAUCCAACACUUUCAGAGAGAAAAAAAAUGUGCCGAUGCCUUCACAGACGAUCAAGACAAUCGUAAAUUUUGCUCUUCAAAGGAAGCUAAUUUGAAUAUUAGAAACUUAUAUUGAUGCCAUAUCCAUUAAGAUUAGUGUUGAUAUUUCUGACAAUAGGGUCUGUGCCAGUACCAAAUAACUUAUUUUGCAUUUAACAUUCUGAAUAUUAUAACUUACUAAACAGUCAAAACAUAUUUACUCUUUUAUAUGCAAACUUUUGGUUGCCUUAUACAAGUUUCUUUAACUUAUUGGACAGGGAAAUGUAUUUUUUAUAGCUAUUUGGGCAUUUCAGUGAGUGAUAAAAGUGGACAUUUUUUUUUAAUCUCAUCAGUUUCAUAUAGAAAAAAAGUUGAAGUAUUGCCAUAUCCUUAGUGUUGGCAGGGGCAUUGUGCAAAACAUUCAUAACCUCAAAGCCAUUCAUGAAAUUUAAAUAAAACUUAGUACACAUGAUGCCAAAGACAAAACCACUUUAUAGCAGGAGCAAACACUCUGGCUUAAAUAUAUAUUGAGUUAUGUCCCUUGUUUGACUAAAAAAACACAGACGAGCAGUGAUGUUUGUUCCCCUGGUUGCUGAGUAUAUUUACAGUAUAAAAAUGAUUUAUGCAUAACUGACCUUGGUUUCUGUUUAUUUGCCAGUCAGAUGCUGAUACUUCUGUUAUGUAGGUCCCAAAAUGUUAUUAACAAUGCUGGGCCCAUCUCAAUCAGAUAUCUUGGCCGUAAACCUUAGGCUUCUAAAGAGUGCUCACUGAUACUACUGUUAAGCCAGGGGCAGAUCAUUUCUACAAAGGUCCUUACAAUAUUUUUCAUUGAAACGCAAUUGAAGCCAAAAAUGAUGCUAUGCCUUGAAAUUUAUGAUCUUAAUUAAGCCUUACAAUCGUCCAGUAAAUCGUAUGAGUGGGUCAGUAAAUAUUUUGGACCACAUACACAAAAUGUUUUCUUGUGUAAUUAUUGGUGAACAAAUUCUUUCAGCAUUUAAAAUUCUUAUCUUUGUUGCAAGCUAAUGUUAUUUUGAUUGUAUUUUUAAAGUUAUUUGUUUAUAAGUACUUUCAUUAUGGUUGUAUAAUCUACAAUUGCUUAUUAUUGUUAAUGCCUUUUAAAAGCAUUUUUCAGUAUGAAAAUCUGUGUAAUUUUGUUUUUUUGAGAACAGAAAGCCUAUUUUUCGUUUAUAUUUAAAUCAAACCAGAAUAUGGCUUAUUUACUUUUCUCUGAAAUAAAAGGGUACUGUUAAUGAGAAUUAUAGCAAUGCCUUUAUAUACAGCCAUUUAAAGGGACUAGACACCAGAUGAUACAAUAGGAAGAAAAAAAUAAAAUUGUCCAAAACAUACAUAGAAUUGAUAUCAUUGUGUAAAAUGCAUUGCAUGUUACUUUCUGAUGUAUCACUUCACUUACGACACAUGCAUCUUUCGCAGUUUUCGAAAUUUACUGAUUUGUCUACCAUGUAAAAUCCAGUAAAUUUAAAAAAGCUUUGGUUUAUUUAUCUGUACUCAUUAAGUAACUUUAACAUGCAAAAUAUACCAACUUUGUGGCUACCGGGAAGACUGAACAUUGCAAGUAAGCAUUAAACUGCUGCAAAACAACAGGAGAUCCAUAUUGGUGAUGAUCAAUGGUAACUUUGAAAGUGGUUAACUCGACUGAAAAUGACGGCCAGUAGAUAAAAACAUGUUGACUGAUAAGAAUGUGAAACAAUCAUAUGACUUGCAUGGUGUCAGAAAAAAACAAUCUGCACUUUUUUAAUCUUGGAAAUGAUUAUGUGUUAUUUUUAAACAGGGAAACUCAGCUAAGACAGUGGCAUGAUUGUUUUAAUCAUGUAAAAUGAUUUAUCGACGGCCUCAUACUAGCUGGCAUUGUUGCCUAUAUUAUUUUACAUCAUGUAAAAUGAUGUAUUAUCCGCCUCCUACUUGCUUCCAUUGACAAUUCUAGGCUUGUUUUGAGGAAAUAAUGUAUUUGUCGAUUUUGGGACCAUAUGGUGUCUAGUCCCUUUAAACUUGAAUUGUUGUUUAGAAAUCUGUUACUUAAAGUUGUUAUUUUAUUAGCUAUUGCCUUAAAUAUUUUUCCAAAUCGUACCAGACAAGAUUGUGUAACAAUUAUGGUUUGUGCUAUCAGUGUUGUAUGUAUUUUUCAACUUUUUCUAUUUAAAGAUUUUUACACAGUAUACUGAUAUUUAUAUGGACACUUCACAAAGUGUGCAGUUUUUAUAAUAUACAUGCAUGUUACAUUGUUUGAAACGAGUCAUGUGUAAUACUUUUUAAAUGUAUUAUUUCAUCAAAUACCUUACCAAAUUAUUAUAUAAGUUAUUGGUAAUUACCAAUUAAAAUGUAAACUACA